AGCAUUAUUUCUAUCUAGCUAACUAAAUAAAGACCUGUCUCUGACACAGCUGAUACAACGAAAUUAUUUAAAAAAAUCGUUGUUUCUGUUCAAGUGUACAAUGUUACUGUUUUAUUUAAUGUUUGGAUUGUUGAGUGGUGUGGAAUUGGUGAAAGUUAAAAUAACCGAAGGAUGGUUGAGAGGUGAAUUGUUGGAGGCUUCAACGGGAGACAAGAAAUAUUACAGUUUCAAAGGAAUACCUUAUGCGGCGCCACCUCUUGGAAAUUUAAGAUUUGUGGCUCCUCAACCGCCAUUAUCCUGGAAAAACGUCAGGGACGCCACACGUCAUGGUCCGAAAUGCAUUCAGACGGAGACUUUGUCGACCAAGUUGGUCCCCGGGAGUGAAGACUGUCUUUUUAUCAACGUAUACAGUCCAGACCUUAAACCCAAAGAGCAACUACCGGUUAUGUUUUUCAUAUACGGCGGUGGAUAUAAAUCAGGCUCUGGUGAUGUCGACGAUUAUGGACCAGACUUUUUAAUAAGAUAUGACGUAGUCGUCGUGACAUUCAACUAUAGGCUCGGCGCUUUGGGGUUUUUAUGUACAGAAACUAAAGAAGUUCCAGGUAAUGCUGGAAUGAAAGACCAGGUUGCUGCACUGCGUUGGGUAAAAAGUAACAUUGCCCAUUUUGGUGGGAACCCAGAUCAAGUCACGAUUUUUGGACAAAGCGCUGGUGGUGCUUCUGUGGCUUUGCAUACUUUGUCUCCCUUAUCCAAAGGCUUAUUUAAGCGGGCUAUUGUAAUGAGUGAUUCAUUCUAUAACGACCCAUUAAGACCGUUUGAAUCUAAAAUGAGGGCUUUGGUGUUAGGGAAACGAUUGGGCUUAGACACGGCUAAUACCACUGAACUUUUGGAUUAUCUACGGUGUGUGCCCGCUGAAAAGCUAUUCAUCCAACAUCCUAAUGUAAUAAUAACGGAGAGCAUCGCUCAAAGUGUUAUAAAAUUAUUCUAUUUCACCCCAGUCGUGGAGAAAGAUUUCGGUGAUGAUCAUUUUUUGACUGAAGAUCCCGAGGUGCUACUCUCUCAAGGUAAAAUCCAACAAGACGUCGACUUAAUAGUUGGGCACACGAAUAUAGAAGGUAUUUACAAUGUGGCUCAGCUUCAGGAUAGAGUCCUGAAAUAUUAUCCUUUAUACCAGGAACUUUUGGUGCCUCGUAAAAUAAGCAACAUAAGAGCCCCAACAAAAGUUCUAGAGUUAUCUCGUUUGAUCUACAGAUACUACUUCGGCGACAGACCAAUCAAUUUGGAUACUAUCAAAGAAUUCGUUUACUACUACACCGACGCGAACUAUGCUUAUGAUGUUUAUAGAUUUAUAAACAAGUUUCCUCAAAGUGCUCACAAGAAUCGGUUCUAUUACAUCUUUUCACCGUAUACAGAGAGGAAUUAUUAUUCAAGACUAGGCGCUGAGCGUUAUGGCCUAUACGGGUCAGCUCAUAGAGAUGAUCUGAUGUACUUGUUCGACGGAAAACGAUUUAAUUUGACUUUAGAUAAGAAUAGUACGUCGUUCAAGAUUAUAAAUAAUUUCUGUGCCUUGUUGACGAACUUCGCUAAAUUUGGGAAUCCAACACCAGAUAAUUCUGGAAACGUGAUUUGGCCAAAAUUUGAUAAAGAACAGCGAUACCUGAACAUUGGAAAAGAGCUUACAGCUAGAAGAAUUAUGUUUCAGCAGAGUUCUCUUUCAUUUUGGAAGAAUAUUCUAGAGCGAGCCGAACUUGAAUUUUAAUAAUGCAGAAAAUGGGAUACGCUUUUGUGAAAGCAUAAACUUUUUCUUUUCUACUGCUAUAUGGAUUAGUAAACUGCUCAUAAAUA